GUGUUUCUUAGGCGGUGGAAGAGGAGGAGUCACCCUUCCAAUACCCCCCCUCAAAACACGCCACUUUUCCCGAGCUUUCCUUCUCACCCUGCUGUAUAUAUAUAGAUACACAUAUAUAUACACACAUAUAUAUAUUUGCAGCGAACUCCCGGGGUAAACUUUUCUUCCCCUUCGCUUUGGAUUCGCUGGUUGCAAACGGGAAGCCUCAUCCAUCGUUGGCCAAGCUUCCUCGGGAUUUUGCACAAAAGCCUGAGCUGCCCUUUUUCCGAAGGGGGGGGAGGGGGAUUCCGGUGACCCCUGCGCCUGGGGAGAAGCGGUUGCCUUUGGGGGACCCAAAGCCGUAUGAAGCAGGAGUUGUUUUGGGAUUUGUCUUGGCAUGGGCAACCAUUUCCACACCUGGUGGACAAGAUCAGUGUCUAGAGGUGUUACAUUUAUAUUUGCCCUGCUGAAAAGACUCAAAGUGUGAGAAGGAGGAGAAGGACACAUCCCUUGGCCCAGCAGCCAUGCCUUUUGGGCUGAAAUUGCGAAGGACCAGGCGCUACAAUGUCCGGAGCAAGAACUGUUUCAUGACCCGGAUUCGCUUGUUGGACAACAAUGUUAUUGAGUGCACACUAUCUGUGGAGAGCACUGGGCAAGAAUGUCUGGAGGCCGUGGCUCAGAGGCUGGAAUUACGAGAGACACACUACUUUGGCCUUUGGUUUCACAGCAAGAGCCAGCAAGUGAGAUGGGUGGAACUGGAGAAACCUCUGAAAAAGCAGAUGGACAAAUUUGCCAGUGAACCUUUGCUUUUCUUUGGGGUCAUGUUCUAUGUGCCCAGUGUUGCCCGAUUACAACAAGAAAUCACAAGGUAUCAGUAUUACCUACAAGUAAAAAAAGAUGUUCUUGAUGGGCGAUUGCGAACUUCAGUGGACCAAGGCAUAAGGCUAGCUGCAUUGGCUGUUCAAGCUGAUUUUGGAGACUACAAUCACUUUGAAUCUCAUGAUUUUCUCCGGGAAUAUGUUUUGUUUCCUAUGGACUGGACCCCAGAUGAAACAAGGCUAGAGGAACUCACUCAUAAAGUAGCUCAGGAACACAAAAAUCACAGUGGCACACCUGCAGCAGAAGCAGAAUUUCUUUACAUCAGUGAAGUUGAACGUCUUGAUGGGUUUGGUCAGGAAAGCUUCCCUGUGAAGGACAAUCAUGGAAAUGACAUGCAUCUUGGAAUUUUCUGUAUGGGGAUUUUUGUAAAGAACAGACUUGGAAGGCCCACAGUGAUCUACAGGUGGAAUGAUAUUGGAAAUAUAACACACAACAAGUCCUCGAUUGCUGUGGAGCUGAUCAACAAGGAGGAAACUGUGCUCUUUCACACUGAUGACCUUGAAAAUGCCAAGUAUAUUUCACGCCUGUUCACUGUGAAGCACAAGUUUUACAAACAAAAUAAAAUUUGCACAGAACAAUCAAAUUCUCCUCCUCCCAUAAGACGGCGGCCCACCUGGAGUAAAUCAUCCUUGGUAAAUAUCUUGGCGCCAAGGCAGCACCCAUUUAUUUUGCCUCCUAUGCAUGUCCAGUGUGGUGACCCCUACACUGAAACCCACAAUUCGCAAGACAGCAUUUUCCAUGGGAAUGAAGAAAUGUUUUAUUGUAGAUCUCAGACUAGCUUGGAUAGAUGUGCAAUGGACUACAGCUACUUGAAUGGCAAUGUCCCCAAUGGCAGUGUGUGCAGUGCCCAAAGUAUGAACUCUCUCAACCGCUCACAAAAUUUCAUUCAGGCUUCUCCAGUGUCCUCCAACCUCAGCAUCCCUGGGAGUGACAUCAUGAGGGCAGACUAUAUUCCUAGCCAUAGACAUAGUGCAAUCAUUGUACCUUCCUAUCGGCCAACGCCAGACUAUGAAACUGUAAUGAGGCAAAUGAAUAGAGGAAUUAUGCAUACGGACAGUCAAAGUCAAUCAUUGCGGAACCUCAAUAUUGGGAACACUCAUGCUUACAACCAACCCAAAGACCUUGUAUAUAGCCAGCCAGAAAUUCGGGAGAGAUCUCCUUAUACUAUAACCUAUGGUCCCCAAGGCACUUACAAAAAACAUGUCACUCCUCCAUCUGAGCAGAUGAACACCAUAAAUCCCACACAGACUAAAACAGCAGCCAGUGCCAUUUCCCACACAGUUAGCACACCAGAGCUGGCUAAUGUGCAAGUGCCAAAUAACCAGAGAGGUGGCACAGCCCAUGUACUAAAAAACUACCUUUUCAGACCACCACCCCCAUAUCCACGUCCGCGGCCUGCUACCAGCACACCUGAUCUAGCAAGCCAUCGCCACAAGUAUGUUAGUGGCAGCAGUCCUGACCUGGUCACUCGGAAAGUCCAGAUCUUGGUGAAAACCUUUCAGGAAGAUAGCUCUCCAGUCAUCCAUCAGUCUCUCCAGGAAGUCAGCGAGCCCCUUAUGGCAGUCAAGCAUCAUGCACCUGUCAACAAACGGCAGAGUCUGGAAGUAAUCAGCAACAUGGUACGUGGUAUGGAGGCCAUGGCUUUAAAGAGUCUGAAUGCCCCUUUACCACGCAGAAAUACUUUGCGAGAGCAGGUACAGCCAGAGGAAGUAGUGCAGCUCCCUCACUACCAUCACAAGAAGACUUUCUCAGAUGCCACAAUGCUGAUACACAGCAGUGAAAGUGAAGAAGAGGAAGAAGCUUCAGAAUCUGUGUCCUCUAUGGCAGCACUUCAUGUAAACAUGGAGUACAAUGCUCAGCUGCAAGCUGCCUUGGCUAGAAUACCAAACAAACCUCCCCCAGAGUAUCCUGGUGCCAGAAAAAGUGUUAGCAACGGAGCCUUGAGGAAUGACCAGAUGAAUGUUACGCUAGCUGUAUCCCGAACUAAGGCCAUGAGACCAGGGCCUACAAAGGCUGUCAAUGUAUGUCGGACUGACCAAACUGUGCUAAAUGGCUCUUCGCUAGGCCCAUCGAUCUCAGAACCAGACCUGACAAUUGUAAAAGAGAGAGUCAAGAAAGAGCCAGUGAAGGAGAGGCCUGUAUCUGAAAUGUUUUCUAUUGAAGACAGUAUCAUAGAAAGAGAGAUGAGAUAUCUAGAGAAACAGAAGAUGGCAGGCCUGGAGGCCCAGAAGAGGCCCUUGAUGUUGGCAGCGCUCAAUGGUCUCUCAGUUGCUCGAGUUCCAGUGCCUGAGGAUAGCCAGGAUGAAGCAGCCAAGGUGCCAAUGGAUGAGCGGUGCAAAAUCUUGAGGAGAAAACUGGAAGAAGGAAUGGUAUUCACUGAAUAUGAGCAGAUUCCAAAGAAGAAAGCAGAUGGAAUCUUUACCACAGCAACACUUCCUGAGAACAUGGAGCGUAACCGUGUGAGGGAAGUCAUUCCAUAUGAGGAGAACCGAGUAGAGUUGGUCCCAACCAAAGAAAACAACACUGGCUACAUCAAUGCCUCACACAUAAAGGUUACAGUAGGUGGGGAAGAGUGGCACUACAUAGCCACACAAGGACCUUUGCCGCACACCUGUCAUGAUUUCUGGCAAAUGGUAUGGGAAGAAGGGGUGAAUGUGAUUGCCAUGGUGACAGCAGAGGAGGAAAGAGGAAGAACUAAAAGCCACCGUUACUGGCCAAAACUGGGCUCCAAGCACAGCUCAGCCACAUAUGGGAAGUUCAAGGUGACCACCAAAUUUCGCACCGAUUCUGGCUGCUAUGCCACGACAGGUCUGAAGGUCAAGCACCUUUUGUUGGGGCAGGAAAAAACAGUGUGGCAUUUGCAGUACACUGACUGGCCAGAUCAUGGUUGUCCAGAAGAACAAGGCUUUCUUUCCUAUUUGGAAGAGAUACAGUCUGUGCGCCGCCAUACCAACAGUGUUCUGGACAGUAGCAACAAUUGCAACCCUCCGAUUGUGGUGCACUGCAGUGCUGGUGUGGGGAGAACAGGGGUGGUUAUUUUGACAGAACUCAUGAUUGGCUGCUUGGAGCACAAUGAAAAAGUGGAUGUGCCAGUGAUGCUGCAACAUCUGAGGGAUCAGAGGAUGUUCAUGAUCCAAACUAUUGCUCAGUACAAAUUCGUUUAUCAAGUGCUCAUCCUGUUUCUACAAAGCUCCAGGCUUAUUUAGCGUCCUCUGGAGAGACUCUUCCUUCCCUCUUCACUCGUCAUGUCUGCAACCUUGUGGAUUUGCAAAUCACUCCUCCAAUGAUACCUUGUCUUUCAGUAUUGUGUGGCACUCCCAGAAUCGCUUCAUUAGUGAGGAGACUUUGUUCUUUCUACAGAUUAUUUUAUACAAGGUAAUUUAUUUUUUUCCCUUGAACUGAUGUGUGAUUUUUUUAAAACAUUGUGAAACAUGUAACGUUGGAAUUGAACCACAUUUGACAUGACUGAUCUGCAUCGUAACAUGAUUGUGAGGGAAAAUGUUGCUAGCUGAUGGUGUUCUGACUUUGGUGUUACUAUAUGCCAGGUGACACAGUGGCUCAUUAAAAUUUUAUUUGUAAUAAGAACAUUGUUUUUCAUCCUCCUUCAGGGCCAUGGUAAUAGGAGAGAAGACUCUACUAUAGAUUUCAUAUCAUCCAAAUCUGAAAGUUUAUAAAUGUCUAUAAAGUUAUGGGACAGAAUAAAUUAGAAAUACAGUUGAGCAGUAGUACAGCCAGUCUGCGCAUCUUAAACAUGCAGAUAUUUGAUAUUAGUCAGGAACUAGCCUUGGUGCUGGCUAGUAGCAGGGCCCCCAUGUAUGCAACUACAGCAGUUUGGAUGUUGUAACAAGAUUAGUCUUAUGUGGGGUACCAGGUCUUUGUUCCUCCAGAUGAUGGUGAAUCCUGCUCACUUGAUUCAGGAAACAGAUCCUUACUAACUAGAUAGGAUCUAAAGUCAAAUAGCUGGGGCAGGGGCAGGUCUUUCUAUGCCCGUAAUUCCUUUGUCUAAGGAAUUUCUAAGGCCCCUUGGAAAGUUGAACUACAUUGGCAGUUCCCAUUCAGUUUCAUCGGACAUGCAUGGGGAACUUGCCAGCAAUUCGUGACCAGUAUCUUUAUAGGUCACUUACAAGUGAAGCUGCCUCACACUGAGUCAUCUCAUUGCCCUCUAGACCAGUACCCUCUCUUCCAUCUGUCAGCAGCCUUAGAACAUGUGUUUGAAAUUCCUUUUAAAUGGCAAUGCCAAUACUUGAUCCUGAGACUAUGCAUGUUUUCUACCACUGAGGUAUGGCACCUGAAGAUAGGCUUUUCUGUUAACCUGCUGUUGUUUUCCACUUGAGGAUAUACAAUGUCAGACAACAGUGCUAUAGUGGAAGGCUUGGCUUGUGCUGUGGGUAGCAUGCAGCUAAGGGGUAGAGCUAGGCUACAUUAAAGAUACAUUCCUACCCAAGAGCAACCUUGGGCAUAAUGAACAGUAAACAACAUUGCUAAAGGAAAGAGAUGUUUGAUUCCCCUCCUCCCCACAAAUGAUUAGGGGAAGAGAGCAUUAUAAAAUAUUGGGAAAGUCUCUUGCUGAUGUUCCUUUAGAGAUUGUGUUGAUUCUUUAGUCAACUCCUGUUUUCCGGCCAGCGCCUCCUUACCAAUGCCAACAUAUCUCGUUAAAUUAGCUGCAACCAUUUAAAGUCUUUUAGUGGCAUCUGCGUGAUAAUUGCACAGAGACGCUUUGCAUCUGGGAAGCCGGCCAAGGAAUAAACCUUGAAGCAAAGUGUAUUAAAUUAGUUAUCUCAUUAUAGCUUUUUGAAUAAUUUCCUAAUGAUGAAUUAAGUUUGAACCCAGAGCUGUCAAGUCCCAUUGCUCCAUUUGGCCUGACAGGUAGGGAGUAAGAUGGGGAAAAUAGUCUGCUCCAAGGUCUGAUUAUUAUGAUAUCUCAGUUGAAACGAGUAUAUUCUUGGCUUUCCUGGAAGUGUUGGGGGGGGGCAGUUAUUUAAUAAGCAGGCGUAAUAGAUGCUAAGAGGAAAAAGUCGAGGUUGUUCAGCCAAGGUUUUUUGUCAUGGUGUGUACAUCUUGCAGGCCUUCUGAAAUGAAAAAGUACAGUGUUCACUCAUGAUGAGCCAAAGAGUUUGCCAACCUGAUAAGCAACUAUUUUCAAGCCAUUCCUAAAAUGGUUGCUGGACCUCAAAAUGACUUUCACAUUAAAUUUUAGUGAGAUGUUCACCUUGGGCUUGACCUUGACACCUUGUUCAAGCAAGCAAUAGUUGCCUAUCAUGAACAAAUCUUUUUUUUCUCCUCUUGGUAACUUCAGCAUCACAAGAACGGGUUACAAAUUUACUGUCAUUUGAUAAAAAGCAAAAUUUAAGAUUUCAUGUUGAAUUAAGGGCUUUAUAAUGCCAGAGUUCCUUUAAAUAUAUGGGAAAUGGAAUUUCUGAACUAUCAUUAGUCACACAGAAAAAAAAUCCCAGUCUAAGAAGUCUAAAGAAUUUACUUUUCCAUUUGUUUGCUACAAUUGUAGAAUGAAACUUUCUAUUGUUGGGAUGUCUUUGCUUUGUUAACAGACAUAUAUGGUUAAUACACAGGAUGUAAUCCCAUUGAGCCAGUGUGGUAUAGUGGUUAGAAUGCCAGGCUAGGACCUGGGAAAAACAGGAUUGAAUCCCUGCUGUGUCCAUGGAAACUCUCAGUCUCUCAGCCUAACCUACCUUACAAGGUUAUUGUUGUGGGAAUAAAGUGGAAGUGGAGGAAAUAAUACGAUAAACUGCAUUGUCUCCCUGCAAGGGAGAAAAGUGGGGAUAUAAAUAAAAAAUAAGCUGCUUACAGUUGUGACUAAUUUUUAUAUAUAGUUUCCAGUCUGAGAUGCCCUGGUCACGCUCAUUGGUGACCUUCAGCACGAGAUGUUUACGGUGAGUGCAACUUUGUUGGUUCUUUUGGACCUCUUAGUGGCAUUCAACACCGCUAGCCAUGGUGUCCUUCGGAGGCAACUGCCUGUGAUGAGACUGAGGGGAGGUGAUAGUGUUACGGUGGUUCCAACUGUUCCUGGAGGAUAGGUUCCCAAACACUGAAACUGAAACACUGCUGCUGUAUCCUGUGGACUUUCAUUUGUGUAGUGCUGCAAGGAACCAUCUUCUCUCCUGUGCUGUUACAUAUCUUCACCUAAAGUACUGUGCUCUUUCUGUCCUUUUCAUCAGUUCUCAGGGGAGCUGUGGAGGUCCUAAAUGAAAUCAGUAAUUGACUUGGAGGUAGGUAAGGCAGGUGAACAAACAAACAAUCUGAAUGAGAUGGAGAGACUGUUGGUUAGGGAGCUAUUUUUGGGAUAGGUGUUUAACCUUCUUUGGAGGGGAUUAGAGUUCCCCCUAAGCUGCUGCUGCUUUGUAGUUCGGAGGUGCUCCUCAAUCUAGUGUUUUUCCUGGAAGUCCAGAUGAUAGUAGUAGUCAAUAAGCACUUUUUAAUAAUUACAGCGUGCUUAUAUACGAUCCUUUUGGACAGAUUAGUGCCCUCAGAGUGGUGAACAAAGAGUCUGUCUACACAAGACAUCUUAAACGGGGAUGCUCAAGUGACUUAUUUUCUGUGUGAUCUUAUAUUCAAGUGUACUCUGUCUCCUUAGCAAUGCAUGUGUAUCCACAGCAGGAGAACAAGUGUAAGAUCUUUCACUUGAUCCUACUCGUGUACAAUGUCUUGUGUAGAGAGACUCAAUGUUGUUAUUAUUCCCACAAUACAGCUGGAGAGCUGGGGCUGAGAGGAAUGGUUAACCCAAGGCCACAUACUGAGCUCAUUCAAACCAACAAAGUGCUGAUUUGCAGCCCAGCCAUUAGCCACCAUGCUACAGCAGCUCUUAUUUUAGCAGGUUAAAUUGGUAUGCCAGAUGGGAUAUACCUGGCCACUGUCACUCAUACCCUGUUAACAGCCAGAUUAGAUUACACCAGUACAUUCUUUGUGGAGUUGCAUUUGAAGAGUGUUUAGACAUUUCAGCUGGGUCAAAAUGCAGGUCCAAGAAUUCAAAUUGGAGUGCAAUGGAAAGAGCAUGUAUAUCCAAUUAUACAUCAGCUUCAGAAGUUGCCAGCUGAUUUUCAAAGUGCUGACUUUGAUAGCUGACGUGCAAUCCAGUGUUGCUCCAAUCGAAACCCAUUGAAAGCAACAGACUAGAGUAGCUGCAUAGGUCCAAUGGUCUAGAAUUGGAACAUCUUAAGGAAAAUAUCUUCUCCAUAUGACUCUGCUUCUCCCAUUAACAUCUGUGAGUCCCUGUCAUCCUAAGGUUCAGUGCAUAGGAACACAUGAUAGCAUUUGGUUGUGAUGUCUAGAUAAUGGAAUAUCCUCCUAAAUUAGACCUGCCUACCUCCUUCACUGCUCGUUCUUUGCCUUGGUAAAGACCUGGCUGUUUCAGCAAGUGGUAUUUCUGAUUGUCACUAUAGAGUGGCUUUUGUGAUAAUCUGCCACCGUAUCAUUUUUCCCCCUGUUAGUAUUUGUUCUGUUGGGCCUUUUUUCUGAAAUGUAUUUCAUAAUUAUUUCUGCAAUUAACAACCUUAAGGAUCUUUUAGACAAAUUGAGGGAUGUACAAUGCUUUAAUAAAUACUUGGAUUGUUUCUUUUGAAAGCCAUGUUAUCCACUCUAGGACUGUUGGCACGCCAUGUGCCAAGAGAAUGGAAUGCUUGAAUGCCCCUCUGUCUCUAAGUCUUAUUUAACUUGAGGUUUAAUAUAAACUAUUAUUAACCACAGCUUUGUAUACAAAACAACUAAGUAAUGUUUAUAAUAAUACUAGCUCUUCUACCAAAUUAAUGUUUCGGUCAGCAUGUUCUCUUAGGAUAAAGGCUUAAGUGUUUUUGUGCAUCAUGAUGCCAUACCCCAAUUUGCUGAAGGUCAGUGAUCCCAGAACCAAUUUAUAUGUGUCUAAAUAUAACAAAAAUGAAGAGAGAUGGAAAUUUCAUAAGAGGACUUCAGAAUGGAUUCUAUGAAACAGGUCUGGACCAUUUACUCAGUACUGCAUGUUCAUCUUGCCCUAUGGUUGUUGCAUUCACCAGUCCUGGAUGUAAAUUUGUACUAUAGUAUUCAAAGCUGAGUGUGAAUUGGUGAGUCAUUUCAAUUGAUUUUCAUAAUUACCCCAACUCUCUUGUAAGACUCAAGAGCUAAGUUGUUUGUUUAGUGGACAGAAAUUAAUUUCAUCUCUGCUGUUUUCAUCAGGCUUCAUUUUUGUGCUGCUACCCCAUUUUUAAGCCAGCAUUAUAGUAACACUAGAAUAUUCAAGGUAACACAGCUUAAUUCUGUUGAAAUCACCACUGACGGGAACCUUCUCUCAGUUUCUAAACAAAAGUAUCUUUUUGUAGGUAUUGUGCAUAAAAGGUUACAUAUGCAGAUGUUUCUAAAUUUCUCUUGUAUAAUCAUGUAUGACUUAUGUUACAGAAACUAAUAUGCUAAAUCCAUUUUUACACCACUGGACUUUUAAAUUCUAUUUUGCUACAAUAUUGUUAUGCUUCAUCUGAUAUUUGCUCUGAUAACUCAAGUCCAGAACCAUUAUUUGGACAGACUUAAGUUCUCUAGUAUGUAUAAAUUUUGUAAACGAUUGAGAUUGCUUAUGUUUAUUUCCAUUAAUUUGCUAUGACUGCCAAUGCCCCAUUUUGUACUAUUGAAUGCCUUUUUAAAAGAAAAAUCUAUGCAUGCUGUUUUGUACUCUAAUGUAUAUUCGUAUCAGUACAUAAGCUUAUGCUUGUCCGUUUUAUGUUUUGUAUAGAAUCGACUGACUGACAGUAUUUUUGCACUGUUCUCUGGUCUUCUGUUUUUGCAAGUUCUUCAGCAUUAAUCAGUUGCAAUAUUUUUUUACAGUUUUCACUGCCUUUGUGUAAAUAGGUAUCUUUUCCAUUGUAAGAAAUCUGACUCAAAGCUUUGUUUUUAUAAAAGACUAUGCCAAGCCUUCAUAUUAAUCUUAUGCAAUAAAUUUUUUCUCAAAGUCCA